ACACGCGAACGUAGGCAGGUCUUAGCCAACGUUUGCUUGUUAAAAUAGGUAUUAUUCUAUUUUUUCAAUUACAAAACAAAUUUUGUAACCUGCACCAAACGAUAAUGAUGUCUCGAAAAAAAGCCAAUGAGGAGACCGAUAAACUUACACGUAUUGCGAUCGUAAAUGCUGAUCGUUGCAAGCCUAAAAGAUGUAGGCAAGAGUGCAAGAAGAGCUGCCCGGUGGUCCGUAUGGGCAAGCUCUGCAUCGAAGUAACCCCCAACGAUAAGAUCGCUACCAUAUCAGAGGAACUGUGCAUUGGUUGUGGUAUUUGUGUCAAGAAAUGUCCUUUUGAUGCUAUCACAAUCAUCAAUAUACCAUCCAACUUGGAGAAGCAUACAACUCAUAGAUAUUCCAAGAAUUCUUUCAAGUUGCAUCGUCUUCCCAUUCCAAGACCUGGUGAAGUGUUGGGUUUGGUCGGUCAAAACGGUAUCGGAAAGUCUACAGCUUUGAAAAUAUUGGCUGGAAAGCAAAAGCCUAAUUUAGGUCGAUUUGCUGAUCCUCCGGAUUGGCAAGAGAUCCUGUCCCAUUUCCGUGGAUCAGAAUUGCAGAACUACUUCACUAAAAUCCUCGAAGAUGACUUGAAAGCUUUGAUCAAGCCUCAGUAUGUAGAUCAAAUACCUAAGGCUGUGAAAGGUACUGUUGGACUAUUGCUUGACAAGAAGGAUGAGAGGAAAAAUCAAACAGAGAUUUGUGCUAUGCUGGAUCUUUCACACAUUCGUGACCGUGAAAUUUCGGCCCUCUCUGGAGGAGAACUGCAGCGUUUUGCUUGCGCCAUGGUAUGCAUCCAAGAUGGCGAUAUUUUCAUGUUUGAUGAGCCCUCCUCAUAUUUGGAUGUCAAACAACGUCUCAAUGCUGCUCGCACAAUUCGCUCGCUCAUCCAUCCUGAUAAGUUCAUCAUUGUAGUAGAGCAUGACUUGUCAGUGUUGGACUAUCUCUCCGACUUCAUUUGUUGUUUGUACGGAGUUCCUGGUGCUUAUGGUGUAGUUACCAUGCCUUUCUCAGUGCGAGAAGGUAUAAAUAUAUUCCUUGAUGGGUUUGUACCCACCGAAAACAUGAGAUUCAGAACUGAAUCCCUUGUGUUUAAGGUAGCAGAAUCGGCUACUGAAGAGGAGAUCAAAAGAAUGAACCAUUAUGAAUAUCCUGAAAUGACGAAAAAUAUGGGCGACUUUAAACUGCGCGUAAUGCAAGGAGAGUUCUCAGAUUCUGAGAUUUUGGUACUCUUAGGUGAAAAUGGUACUGGAAAAACAACAUUCAUUAGAAUGUUGGCUGGCAACUUGGAGCCUGAUGAAGGCGCAAGUCAAUUGCCGCAGUUGCAUAUAAGUUAUAAGCCCCAAAAGAUCUCUCCAAAGUCACAGGGACAAGUUAGAAAUCUGCUACACGAUAAGAUCAGAGAUGCCUACUCUCAUCCACAGUUUAUCACAGACGUAAUGAAGCCAAUGAAGAUUGAGGAGAUCAUGGAUCAGGAAGUCCAGAAUCUGUCUGGUGGUGAGUUGCAGCGUGUGGCCCUGGUGCUCUGUCUCGGGAAACCUGCUGAGGUCUACCUCAUUGAUGAACCGUCUGCAUACUUAGACUCCGAGCAGCGUUUAGUUGCUGCUAAAGUCAUUAAAAGAUUCAUAUUGCACGCGAAACGCACGGGCUUCGUGGUGGAGCACGACUUCAUUAUGGCCACGUACCUCGCGGACCGUGUCAUAGUGUUUGAGGGCACCCCAUCCUCCAAUGCCACGGCCCACGCCCCGCAGUCCCUCCUCAACGGAAUGAACAAGUUCCUCGAACUGCUCGGCAUCACAUUCAGACGAGACCCCAACAACUUCAGACCUAGGAUCAACAAGCAUUCCUCUGUUAAGGAUAUUGAGCAAAAGAGAGCGGGCCAAUACUUUUUCCUGGAAGAUUAGUACACUAUUUAUGUAAUAUACCAUAUUUAUAUAUAAUGCUGCUAAAUAAAAGAUGUAUCCUGUCACAAGCGCUGGCCUGCAAUGUAUUUCCAAUUAAUGUAUUACUGUAAUAAAUCGGUUUUAUACAAUU